GUUCAAUCCUAUUAUCUAUCUCACUCUUCGCUCCAAGAUAUUCACUAGAUCUUUGUAAAAAGAAUACCAAGUCUACCCAGAAUGACAACAUCAAACUUUCCACUCCUCUCUUUUCAAGAAUUCUUGACGGGAUCGGAGGUUGAGAAGAGAGCUGUGGCACAGAAGUUAUACAAUGCCUUCCACACAUAUGGUUGGGUGUACCUGCAGGAUUUCGGAAUCACCAAAGAGGAAAUUGCGGAGAUGUUUGCAAUGUCUAAAAAGUAUUUCGAUCGCCCUCUAUAUGAGAAACUCAAACAGACGUUGAAUGAUGCCGAGACCAAUCAAGGAUAUACUCCUGAUGGAGCUGAGGCUAAUGGCGGUACUGAUCAUAAGGAGUGUUAUGAGCAUCGCCGAUUAAGUAAUGAGCUCUGCCCCACUGAUCAAGAGCUUACAAACUUCAGAGUAUUCAUGGAUGAUUUCUAUGCGAAAUGCUUCAAAUUGUCCGUCAAUGUUCUUCAAGCACUUGCACUAGUGAUGGACCUCGACAUGGAUUACUUCUCCUCUGCCCUCGCCAAAGCAGAUCCCCAGCUUCGACUCCUACACUACAUGCCCAUUGAACGAAAGAUUAUCGAAAGUGCAGGACAUGCGCGAAUCAUCCCACAUACAGACUUUGGACUUUGCACCCUGCUCUUUCAAGACAAUGUAGGAGGACUCGAAGUGGAUCCUUUCCACACUGGCAAAUUCUUACCAGCGACUCCCAUUGAAGGAACCUGCGUCAUCAAUGUUGCAGAUCUUCUACAGCGAUUGAGCAAUGAUAGAUUAAGGAGCACUCUUCAUCGUGUUACUAGUCCUCCUCUGGAGAAAGUUGGGAAUGAUGGAAUGUUGCCGGCGAGAUACUCGACAGCUUUCUUUGUGCAUCCUUCUGCUGAUGUGGAGAUUGACCCUAUCCUGAGGGAUGGAGAGGCGAAGAAAUAUGAGUCUGUUAAUGCGGGGAAGUGGAGGACUAUGAAUACGCAGAAGAAUUAUUCCAAUCUGCUGGGCGGAAGUGCACUGAAAGUUUAGGUGUUUAUCGGUUCUUGAAGGGGUGUUUUUGUCAUAUCAACAUUGACCGCCGUCCUUAGAGAGCAAUAUAGCAAACAUGUGGAAGAAUAACGUCAUUAGUGACAAUAUAUGCUACAAAUGUAUAAAUCAUGUCAAUCAUCAAG